AUGUUAGCUUCCAAAUCCACCAUUUGUCGUAGUACAACAAUCAAUCUUUUGAAAAAAAGACCAAUCUCUAUAUUUAAAAAUAGCAUUACAAAAGCCGCUAAACUACAAGAUCAGAAUACAAAAUUUGCAUCAUGUUUGUUUGUUCGUCAUAAAGUUACUAGCGUUAAAGUCCCACCAAUGGCUGAAUCAUUGACUGAAGGCUCUUUAAAGGAUUAUACUAAAAAAGUUGGUGAAUUUAUCAAACAAGAUGAAUUAUUAGCUACCAUUGAGACUGACAAAAUUGAUGUUGAAGUCAAUUCCCCAGUUACUGGUACUGUUACCAAAUUGAAUUUCAAACCAGAGGAUACCGUUACUGUUGGCGAAGAGUUAGCCCAAAUCGAGGAAGGUGGUAGCCCUGCUUCUGCUUCUGCUUCUGCUGCUCCAAAGGAAAAAAAGCCUACUCCUCCAGAAAAAGAAGAAACUAAAUCGGCUGCCGCUACACCAUCUGGUAAACCAACAUCUGUUAAAUGUCCACCAAUGGCUGAAUCAUUGACUGAAGGUUCUUUGAAGGAUUAUACUAAAAAAGUCGGUGAGUUCAUCAAACAAGAUGAAUUAUUAGCUACCAUUGAGACUGACAAAAUUGAUGUUGAAGUCAAUGCCCCAGUUACUGGUACUGUUACCAAAUUGAAUUUCAAACCAGAGGAUACUAUCACUGUUGGUGACGAAAUUGCAGAAAUUGUUCCAGGUUCUGCUCCAACUGGUGGUGCCGCCCCUGCCGCUCCAAAGGAAGAUGUCUCAGCUGCUCCUGCUCCUGCCGCUCCUGCUGCUGCUCCUAAGAAGGAAGCUCCAAAGCCUGCUGCUCCAAAGAAGGCAGCUCCAAAGCCAACUUCUACUCCAACACCAUCUCCUACAGCUGCACCAACCUUUACAAGAUUCUCUCGUAACGAACAUAAAGUUAAGAUGAACAGAAUGAGAAUGAGAAUUGCUGAACGUUUAAAGGAAUCACAAAACACUGCUGCUUCUUUGACUACAUUUAACGAAGUUGAUAUGAGCGCUAUCUUGGAAAUGCGUAAAUUAUACAAGGAUGAAAUGAUUAAAGUGAGAGGCAUUAAAUUUGGUUUUAUGGGUUUAUUUUCCAGAGCUUGUACCUUGGCUGCUAAAGAUAUUCCAGCCGUUAAUGGUGCUAUUCAGGGAGACCAGAUCUUGUACAGAGAUUACACUGAUAUUUCUGUUGCUGUUGCCACACCAAAGGGUUUAGUCACUCCAGUCGUUAGAAAUGCUGAAUCUUUAUCUGUUUUAGAAAUUGAAAACGAGAUUCAUCGUUUAAGUAAAAAGGCUAGAGAUGGUAAAUUAACUCUAGAAGAUAUGACUGGUGGUACUUUCACCAUUUCUAACGGUGGUGUUUUCGGUUCCUUGUAUGGUACUCCAAUUAUUAAUAUGCCACAAACAGCUGUCUUGGGUUUGCAUGGUGUUAAGGAAAGACCGGUCACUGUAAACGGCCAAGUUGUUUCCAGACCAAUGAUGUACUUGGCUUUGACUUAUGAUCAUAGAUUAUUGGAUGGUCGUGAGGCUGUCACUUUCUUGAGAACUGUUAAAGAGUUGAUUGAAGACCCAAGAAAAAUGUUGUUAUGGUAA